AUGCCGGAUAGAUGCGUUGUAGGUGGGUGUUCAAAUGAGUCUAGCUUACAGUUGGGCAUUUCACUUCACCGAAUUCCUUUUUUCGCUGAUGAGCGCCCAGAGGCCAAGAAAAGAAGAAAAAAAUGGACGGACUUCGUCUUGAAAACAAGAAAGCACUGGAAAGCAACUAAACUGUCGGCCGUGUGUUCCGAUCACUUUCUUUUUAAUGACUUUGAGAGAUACGCUUUGGAGAUACCAAACACCAAAUUCUAUUCUCCACGUUUGAAAAAAGACGGCGUAGGGAUAGUUGUCUUCCCUACGAUAACAAAAGUUCGCGAAGAAAAGCCUCCAUCAGCGCGUAGUCUAAGACAGGAAAAAAAAGAGCGGGAAGAAACAAUUAGGACUCUUGUGGAGGAACAAGAUGAUGGCCACAUCGCCGAGGAUGAAGACGAAGAUCCCCGAACUAGUCAGGUGGCUAAGUGCAAAAUUUUGGUCAGAUCUAUACACAGCGGACAAAAGCACCAAAAUUGGUAUAAAUGUAGAUUAGAGUAUGGCAAUCAAUAUUAG